UCAAAUGUGCGCUCUGGCUUUCCGUAUUUGCAGCUCUCAUCCGCUGUCAGCAGACGAGCAUUUCAUUUUAAGAUGUAGAUAUUUGUUUGUCGUUUUUUAAAAUAUUGAAUGAAUAAUGUCGUCGAGAGGGACGUCGCGGGGUUUUUACUUUAACACUGUGCUUUCUCUCGCGCGCUCACUGGCUGCUCAUCGACCCGCUCCGAUCGACAAGGUCCAGAAGCUACAAUGCAUGUGUCCUGUGGACAUCCGUGGUGUUUUCCAGCUGGACGAGCGGAGGAGAGAUGCUGUGAUCGCACUUGGGAUCUUCCUAGUGGAGUCUGAGUUGCAGCACAAGGAUGCUAUUGUCCCGUACUUGUUGGUUUUGCUAAAGGGAUUGCCCAGGGUGCAAUGGAUCGAGGAGAGCUCAGAAAGGAAAGGACGAGAAGCGCUUCCCAUUGCGGAGAAUUUCUCCUUCUGUUUGGUGACGGUGCUCUCAGACGUGGCCCAGAUGGAUGAAUCCAUGCGCAUCCAGAUUUUGGAGGCUGUGAUGAACCUCAUUCAGGUGCUACAGGAAACAUGUCAGAACAUCGAGGGCCAAGAUAAAGAAUACCUGUGUAAAUACACCGUGCCCUGUCUGCUCGGUGUGGUGCGAGCGUUUGGCCGCUACAGCAACACAGAGGAGCCGCUGUUGUCUAAACUCUUCCCCCGGAUCGUUCCUCAGCCUCCAGGCACCGGCGACGGCGCAGAGGUGACCCGACGGAGAUCUUUUAAUGAUUUCCGCUCCAUCCUGCCCAGCUCACUCCUCACCGUUUGCCAAAGUGACACUUUACGCCGCAAAACCAGCAGCACUUCCAGCAUCUCACAACAGGCCAGUCCAGAACGUGCUGGACUUCCUCCGAGUUCUCCCUCUGACCCUUCUGCUCCUUAUUUCGAAGCUGCCUCGUAUCUGCCCGACGGCAGUGCUGUGGACCCGGACUACUAUUUCUCCACCAUCAGCUCCAGCUUCUCAGUCUCUCCGCUCUUCACAGGCAGCAACAAUAAAGAGUUUACCGUACCGCUGGAUUUACUGAGGCAGCUUCUGCAGAUGGUCGAGCAGUUUGUGUCAGAAUCCUUCAUGAAGACACUGGAUCAGGCCAUGACUGAAGUUCUGGAGAUCAAUCCCACGGCUUAUCUGUACUACAAGACUUUCAGUGACCCGCUGUACGUGGCCAUCUUUAAAAUGCUGAGGGACUCGUUGUAUUAUAUGAAAGAUCUGCAGGUGUCGUUUGUGAAGGAGGUCCAUGACUUUGUUCUGGAGCAGUUCAGCAGCAGUCAGUCUGAGCUGCAGAGGAUCCUGCACGAUGUGGAGUAUCUGCACAGUGAACUGAACCCGCUUAAGCUGCGCUGUCAGGCCAACGCCGCCUGUGUGGACCUCAUGGUGUGGGCCGUCACGGAAGAACAGGGCGCUGAAAAUCUCUGCACUAAACUGUCAGAGAAGCUCCAGUCCAAGACGUCCAGCAAAGUCAUCAUCGCCCACAUGCCUCUGCUCAUCUGCUGCUUACAGGGUCUCGGCCGGCUCUGUGAGCGUUUUCCUGUGGUGGCUCACUCUGUGACCAUGUCUCUACGAGAUUUUCUGGUGGUUCCUUCACCUGUACUAGUGAAGCUCUACAAGUACCACAGUCAGUACACCACAGGAGCAGGUGAGAUCAAGAUUCAUGUCACCAACGAGCAUUCCCAGUCCACCUUCAGCUCGCACUCCAGCAAGAAGAGCCAGCCGUCCAUGUAUGAGCAGCUCCGAGACAUUUCCAUCAACAAUAUAUGCAGGUGUUUAAAAGCAGGAUUGACCAUGGAUUCAGUCAUCGUUGAAGCUUUCCUCGCCAGUCUUUCCAACCGUCUGUACAUUUCGCAGGAAAAUGACAAGGAUGCCCAUCUAAUCCCGGACCACACCAUACGGGCGUUAGGACACAUCGCUGUGGCUCUGAGAGACACUCCACGAGUGAUGGAGCCCAUCUUACAGAUCCUGCAGCAGAAGUUCUGCCAGCCGCCGUCUCAGCUCGACGUGCUCAUCAUAGAUCAGCUGGGCUGUAUGGUCAUCACUGGAAACCAAUAUAUUUAUCAGGAAGUGUGGAACCUGUUCCAGCAGAUCAGCGUGAAGGCCAGCUCCAUGGUUUACUCCACCAAAGACUACAAGGAUCAUGGAUACAGGCACUGUUCUCUGGCCGUGAUCAAUGCUCUGGCCAACAUCGCAGCCAACCUGCAGACGGAGCAGAUGGUGGACGAGCUGCUGGUCAAUCUGCUGGAACUGUUUGUGCAGCUGGGGCUGGAGGGCAAACGGGCCAGUGAAAGAGCCAGCGAGAAGGGCCCGGCCCUCAAGGCGUCAAGCAGCGCUGGUAAUCUCGGAGUUCUCAUUCCUGUCAUUGCUGUGCUAACCAAACGUUUGCCGGCCAUAAAAGAAGCCAAACCGAGGCUGCAGAAGCUGUUCAGAGAUUUCUGGCUGUAUUCGGUUGUGAUGGGCUUCGCUGUUGAGGGCUCAGGUCUGUGGCCGGAGGAGUGGUAUGAGGGAGUGUGUGAGAUUGCAACAAAAUCCCCACUGCUGACCUUCCCAAGCGGAGAACCGCUGCGCUCAGAGCUGCAGUAUAACUCGGCCCUGAAGAACGACACUGUCACGCCGGCUGAGCUGAAUGAUUUGAGGGGAACCAUCAUUAACCUGCUGGAUCCUCCGCCGGAGGUUGCUGCGCUCAUUAAUAAACUGGACUUUGCCAUGUCCACCUACCUGCUGUCCGUCUACCGGCUGGAAUACAUGAGAGUGUUACGAUCUCAGGAGUCUGACCGAUUCCAAGUGAUGUUUCGCUAUUUUGAAGACCGAGCGAUUCAGAAGGAUAAAUCAGGAAUGAUGCAGUGUGUCAUCGCAGUAGGUGACAAGGUCUUCGAUGUCUUUCUUCAGAUGAUGGCUGACAAGGCAAAGACCAAAGCCCAUGAGGAGGAGCUGGAAAGUCAUGCUCAGUUUCUAUUGGUCAACUUCAACCACAUUCAUAAGAGAAUCCGAAGAGUUGCUGACAAAUAUCUGUCAGGACUCGCUGAGACAUUUCCACACUUGCUGUGGAGCGGCCGUGUUCUGAGGACCAUGCUGGAUAUAUUACAGACUCUGUCUCUUUCGCUCAGUGCUGAUAUCCACAAAGACCAACCAUAUUACGACAUACCAGACACACCAUAUCGCAUCACAGUGCCGGACACGUAUGAGGCCAGAGAGAGCAUAGUGAAGGACUUUGCCGCCCGCUGUGGAGAAAUCCUGAAAGAGGCCAUGAAAUGGGCGCCAUCGGUCACCAAAUCACACCUACAGGAAUACCUGAAUAAGCAUCAGAACUGGGUGUCGGGUCUGUCUCAGCACACAGGGCUGGCGAUGGCCACAGAGAGCAUCCUGCACUUCGCCGGAUACAACCGUCAGAGCACCAGUCUCGGUACCACUCAGCUGACCGAGAGACCCGCAUGCGUGAAGAAAGACUACUCCAACUUCAUGGCCUCCCUCAACCUGAGAAACCGCUACGCUGGAGAGGUCGCAGGGAUGAUCCAUUUCUCCGAGGCCACGCGGAGCACAUCAGACCUGAAUAAACUGAUGAUCCGACAGAUGAAUGAAGCUCUGGAUGGAGGACAGCCCGAAGCCUUCACCGAAGCCCUGUUCAAGAUGGCAGCGCUGUUGAUCAGCUCCAGAGAAUGGGACCCUCUGCUGUUGCAUCACCUGUGCUGGUCUCCAUUAAAGAUGUUUACUGAGAAUGGCAUGGAAACGGCUAUAGCCUGCUGGGAAUGGCUUCUGGCUGGAAGAACAGGAGUUGAAGUCCCGUUCAUGCGUGAGAUGGCCGGCGCGUGGCAGAUGACGGUGGAUCUGAAGAUGGGGCUGUUUUCUGAUGCCCAGCUGGAGGCCGAUCCCCUGGCGGCUUCCGAGGAAAGCCAACCCAUCCCCUGCCCGCCCGACGUCACGCCACACUACAUCUGGAUUGAGUUUCUGGUGCAGCGGUUUGAGAUCGCCAAGUACAGCAGCGCCGAUCAGGUGGAGAUUUUCGGCAGUCUUCUGCAGAGGUCCCUCUCUCUGAAUGUCGGCAGCCCAAAAAGCAGUCUGAACCGCCAUGUGGCAGCCAUCGGACCUCGCUUCAGGUUGUUGACGCUCGGACUUUCUCUCCUGCAUUCUGACGUAGUGACCAAUGCCACCAUCCGUAACGUCCUAAGGGAAAAGAUUUAUUCCACUGCCUUCGAUUACUUCAGUGUGGCAUCAAAGUUCCCCACUCAGGGAGACAAGCGUCUGCGGGAGGACAUCAGCAUCAUGAUCCGCUUCUACGCCAGCAUCCUCUCCGACAAGAAGUACCUAGGUGCUAGCCUGCUCGUGCCACCUGGUGAGCUCGGUGCCAAUCCCCCUCAAAGCUCCCUAUCUGCCGGGAUUUUCGGAUCGCUUAUCGUUUCCAGCACUUCUCCGAUAUCGAUCUUAAACAACCAGGACCCGUCGCUGAACAGUCUAUCAGUGAUGAACGCCACCGACCCCAGGAACAACAUGGACAUGACGGUGGGCUCCCGCCAGCAGAGCGCUCAGGGCUGGAUCAACACGUACCCCCUGUCUAGCGGCAUGUCCACCACCUCUAAGAAAUCAGGCAUGUCCAAAAAAAGCAACAGAGGAACCCAGCUGCACAAGUACUACAUGAAACGCAGGACGUUGCUCUUGGCCUUGCUGGCCAGCGAGAUCGAGAGACUGAGCACAUGGUACAACCCGCUGUCCACACAGGAGCUGGCCAUUCCCACCGAGCAGUCUGUGGAAACCAGCAUCUCCAACUGGAGGUCCAAAUACAUCAACCUGACCGAGAAACAGUGGAAGGAUAAUGUCAAUUUGGCCUGGAGUAUCGCUCCUUACCUGGCCUUGCAGCUUCCGGCAAGGUUCAAAAACGCAGACGCCAUUGUGGCAGAAGUGACUCGUCUAGUUCGGCUGGAUCCUGGUGCUGUCAGCGAUGUGCCAGAGGCAGUGAAGUUCCUGGUAACGUGGCACACCAUUGAUGCAGAUUCUCCAGAGCUGAGCCACAUCUUGUGCUGGGCUCCUGCAGAUCCUCCGACCGGCCUCUCGUAUUUCUCCAGCAUGUAUCCUCCUCAUCCGCUCACUGCUCAGUAUGGAGUCAAAGUCCUUCGCUCUUUUCCUCCUGAUGCCAUUUUGUUUUACAUUCCUCAAAUCGUUCAGGCGCUGCGCUACGACAAGAUGGGUUACGUGCGCGAGUACAUCCUGUGGGCCGCACAGAAGUCGCAGCUCCUCGCACAUCAGUUCAUAUGGAACAUGAAGACCAACAUCUUUCUGGAUGAAGAGGGACAUCAGAAAGACCCGGACAUCGGUGAGCUUCUGGAGCAGAUGGUGGAAGAGAUCACGCACUCUCUGUCAGGUCCAGCUAAAGACUUCUAUCAGCGCGAGUUUGACUUCUUCAACAAGAUCACCAACGUCUCCGCCAUCAUCAAGCCUGUUCCCAAAGGAGAUGAGAGGAAGAGAGCGUGUCUGAAGGCGCUGUCAGAAAUCAAAGUUCAGCCAGGAUGUUAUUUGCCAAGCAAUCCAGAAGCAAUCGUCCUUGAUAUCGACUACAAGUCAGGAACGCCCAUGCAGAGCGCUGCCAAAGCCCCUUAUCUGGCCAAAUUCAAAGUUAAGAGGUGUGGCGUUAGUGAGCUUGAAAAAGAGGGUCUGCGCUGUCCGUCCGACUCUCAGGAUGAAGGAGAUGAGAGCUCACUGACGGCUCAAAGGGUCUGCUGGCAGGCGGCCAUCUUUAAAGUGGGCGAUGAUUGCAGACAGGACAUGCUCGCGCUUCAGAUCAUUGGCCUGUUCAAGAACAUCUUUCAGCUGGUGGGUUUGGAUCUGUUUGUGUUCCCGUACCGGGUUGUGGCCACAGCUCCAGGAUGUGGCGUGAUUGAAUGUAUUCCGGACUGUAAAUCCCGGGAUCAGCUCGGCCGGCAGACUGACUUCGGCAUGUACGACUACUUCAGGAACCAAUAUGGCGACGAAUCCACUCUGGCUUUCCAGAAGGCUCGGUAUAACUUCAUUCGCAGUAUGGCUGCUUACAGUCUGCUGCUCUUUCUGUUACAAAUCAAAGACCGACACAACGGCAACAUCAUGCUGGACAGCAAAGGCCAUCUCAUUCACAUCGACUUUGGCUUCAUGUUUGAGAGUUCUCCUGGUGGGAAUCUGGGCUGGGAGCCUGACAUCAAGCUGACCGAUGAGAUGGUGAUGAUCAUGGGAGGCAAGAUGGAGGCUACACCAUUUAAAUGGUUCAUGGAGAUGUGUGUGCGCGGAUACCUGGCUGUAAGGCCCUACAUGGAUGCUGUCGUGUCAUUGGUGACGUUGAUGCUGGACACGGGGUUGCCUUGCUUCAGAGGACAGACGAUCAAACUCCUCAAGCAACGGUUCAACCCAAACAUGAGCGAGAAGGAAGCUGCGGCCUUCAUGAUCAAAGUCAUCGAGCGCUGCUUCCUCAGUAGCAGGAGCAAAACCUACGACAUGCUGCAAUACUACCAGAACCAAAUCCCAUACUGAGACUCAAACGAUCUCUUCAAUCCUUUAUGACGAGCACUUUAUAGAUCUGAAUAUUCCCCCUGCUCUGAUUGGCCCUGAUGGCAGCGUCCAGGCGUGUUACUUCCUGUCAGCGAGGGCGUCCGCAGUGACCGGCUGCAUGUUUGUCCUCUUCUCUCCCUUUAAGGCGUCUGCCGUCACGGUUUCUGCGUGAGUUUUGACAUUCCCUGCGUAUAAAUACAUCCUUUAACUCUACUUGAAUCUUGACUGGGGUUAGUUAGCACCCAGGAAGCCAUUUCUCAGACUAUGGCACAGAUUGCACUGUAGAUUGAGUGCUGUCAGUAAAUGACCUCUGUGUUAUGCAAUACAUCAGUGUUUGUAGAUUUUAUUCUGUCUGUGUUCACUGUAACAGGUGAAUCUCACGAAAGCUGUCAAGAAAACCACUAAGAUUUUAGUUCUAUAGUUCAAUGGCUAUAUUUUUUGUGUUAUGCAAAGCACGUUUUUAAUGCGAUUUCUCAAUAAAGUGCAAAAUCACAUGGUGGUGUUUGCUGUACUGCUACAGCAUUUAUUUCUAUAACACACCAAAACAUUCACAUUGAGAAUCCUGAUUGAGAUUAAUGAGAUUUGGGAAUAAUAAAAAAAAUGAGACCACCAUUCGAAUACAUUACACUAAUGAAAAUUGUGCGGAACGUGUUUGCGUAGGAAGAGUAAUGAAAGUUAUGUACAUAAAAAUGAUUAUUAAUGCUCAUAAAGAAUAAGCCGAUGGUCAAUGAACGAAUGAUUGAAAACAGGCUUUAUUUACUAAAAUAUACCACCAUAUCAUUUUUCUAAA